UUAUCUUCUCUCCAAUUUUCUCUCCUUUAACAAACAAACAAAGGCUUAGGGAAGGAGAUGGAGUAGAGAGUUACAGUACUCAACACUAACAUAUAUCAUCUAUAUAAAAGCUUACCCUAACUGCUUUGUGUACAUACCUCAAAACAAGCCCUAGUUCUGAAUAAUAUAAAAUAUUUGGUGGCUACCAAAUAUGUACCAGGGGUCAGAGUCAGUGCUGCUAAGGAAACUUGUGUUUCUGGUCUUGAUUCCAGGAAUUCUGGGAUGGGGACCUGAAGGUCAUUAUGCUACUUGUAAGAUAGCAGAGGGUUAUCUGAGUGAGGAAGCAGCGAGUGCUGUGAAAGAAUUGCUCGGAGAAUCAGCUACAGCUAAAGGAGACCUUGCAUCGGUGUGCUCGUGGCCUGAUGAUAUUCGCAAACAAUAUCCAUGGAGCGCUGCUUUACACUUCGCUGAUACACCCGAUUAUGUCUGUAACUACGAUUACCAAAGAGACUGCGUGGACACUUUUGGGAAUAAAGGUAGAUGUGUAACUGGGGCAAUUUUCAACUACACAAAGCAGCUAUCUGGUUAUCAAAACUCCAUCGUCCAAUCAAAAUACAAUUUAACUGAGGCACUUAUGUUCUUAUCUCAUUUCUUUGGGGAUGUCCAUCAGCCUCUUCACAUGGGUUACCUUGGAGAUUAUGGUGGUAACUUAAUAGGAGUACAAUGGUACGAAAGCAAGACAAACCUCCACAGGGUAUGGGAUGACAAGAUCAUUGAAUCUGCUUUGAAAUCAUUUUACAAUUCGGACCUUUCAACCAUGAUACAAUCCAUUCAUAAAAAAAUCCAAGCUGGUUGGUCUAAUGCUGCCUCAUCGUGGCGAGUAUGCCCAAAUAAUGAAACUGUUUGUCCAAAUCAGUAUGCCUCUGAAAGCAUUAUCUCAGCUUGCGAGUAUGCUUACACAAAUGUCACGGCAGGCACCACACUUGGAGAUGAAUACUUUCUUUCUCGGCUUCCUGUUGUGGAGAAGAAGCUAGCCCAAGGUGGGGUUCGAUUGGCUGCUAGCCUCAAUCGAAUCUUCUCCCCUCGAGCACAACUAAUUGCUCAGUAUUAAAGAUAUGUGGAAAUUGUGGACUAAUUAUUAGUAAGAAAUUGAGGUUUAGUCUUCAGUGUUUGGCUUCAUAAUUGUGAGUGGUCGUUUUGACCUUGUUUGUUUGUUUGUUAUUGCCUGAUCAGCUUCCCUUGGUUGUGUUUUGGCUGGAGUUGUACUCCAUACUCAAGAACUUUAUCAAUAACAUUAAUAACUUAUUAGACUAUA